GCGGCGGAAGUGAGGAAUCGCACGCGCGCCUGGUCGCUUCCCAGGGAUGAGUCGCCCCUUUUCCUGGCAUCCUUUCUGAUUGGGUUUCCUGGCACUCUGCUAAGACGGAAAUAGUCCAAGAUGAUGGCGGUCGUGAUUCCUCUCCGUGCCUUCUCAGCGAGGUCUGCCCGGAUAGCGCUCGCCUCGAUGCUGCUGCUUAUAGCGCCGGGUGUCGCCUUGGCCGGGAGGAAUCAAGUCAAAGUACUGACUGACGGAGCGUGGCAAGAACUGCUGCAGGGCGAGUGGAUGGUGGAAUUCUAUGCUCCUUGGUGUCCUGCCUGUCAGAAUUUACAGCCAGAAUGGGAAAGUUUUGCCGAAUGGAGCGAGGAUCUUGAAGUGAAUAUUGCCAAAGUAGAUGUAACAGAACAGCCAGGACUAAGUGGAAGGUUUGUCAUAACAGCACUUCCCACCAUUUACCAUUGUAAAGAUGGAGAAUUUAGACGGUACCAAGGUUCCCGAACUAAAAGUGACUUUAUCAAUUUCAUCAGUGAGCAAGAAUGGAAGUCUGUUGAGCCUAUUUCUUCAUGGCUUGGACCAUCUUCAUUUCUGAUGAGCAGCAUGUCUGCCUUAUUUCAGCUUUCCAUGUGGAUUAGGCAAUGUCACACUUAUUUCACAGAAAACCUUGGUAUACCACACUGGGGAUCCUAUGCAAUUUUUGCAUUUAUAACUUUGUUUUUGGGGCUGCUGCUAGGCCUUAUCAUGGUGUUUCUGGCCGAUUGUGUUUGUCCCUCUAAAAAGCAAAGGCCACACCAGCACCUUCAUCAGAGAAAGCUACCAGAAUCUGCUCAGCAUUUGAAAAAAAAAAGUGAAGAACUUGAUGGAGUCAAUCUUGAUGGUGGAAUGGACCGUGGAGAUCCAGGGUACCCUGUUCUUCCACCAAACCCAGUGAGACAACGCGGCGCAAAACCAGCUUCUGAAGCAGAACAGUCAUAGCUCCUGCCCAUUUUCUGGAGUUCCUGGGUGGAUACCUGAUGUUCAAAUAUGCAGGUGGGCAGGAGAGGAAGGGGAAGUCCUCCUCUUCUACCUCUCAAGAGAAUCAAGACUCAGCAUCGUUUUGAGAUGGUGAAAAACUGUUUCUGAAUCUUUCAGUGGGACAAGUUUAAAGUGUGGUGAUGGAAAUGCUUUACAUGUCUCCCUGAGACAGGUCUGGGAGGUGCAAAGGGUUAAUUUGCCGAUGGCACAGUGAACUCCAGAAUUUGGAUGAGUUCCCAGUUUCUAGUCUGCAGUGCUGGGACAAACAUUGGGCCCAAAAAGCAGAUGAUCCCUUCUGACGAAACCUUUCUCUCCAAAUAGAAAUAACCCAGAAGGAAAAAGUUUUCUUUCAUUCCUCGUUUGGAUCCCAGCUCAAGAGGUUUGCUUUUCCAAGUGCAAAAAUACAAAAGGCUCUUUUCAUUCUGACUAAUAAUAAUAAUAAAAACCCCUUCUAGCUAAUUUUAAAAAUCCAGGAAGAUUUGAGGCCCAGAUUUUUGAACAGCAGCUGAUUCACUCCCCCCCCCCCCCCACCAAAAAAACCCCUGGAUCCCAUGGCAAAGAGUUUUUUUUGUUUUUGUUUAUGAGGUUAUUAUGUGAGAGGCAAUUGUUCAAAAGCAAAAGAGCCCAAAGUAUCCCUUUUGCCUGGCUUGAACUCCAUCCUGUUUCCCAAUGUUGCUUGAUUAGGCACAUCAAGCUUCUUACGCAGUUAAUUGGCAGGAAAAAGAAGUAAUCAUGUAAAGUUAGUUUAGUUUAGUUAAGCUAUUCCUAAUAGCUUAAAGACUAAGAGAAGUUUACUAGAUAAUCCUGUAGGGAGGGAUGCCAUUGUUAGCAUAGUUGUCAGUUUCCCCGAUGAAAUUUUCUGCUUAGAUCUUUGAAUAAAUUUUCAUUGUUAUCAGUAUUUCAGGACAUAUGGAUUCUUGCAGCAACUUCCAUCAGCAUACCACAAAGCCAAGAAAUUCUGGUAGCUAUCAUUUUUCAUUUGUUUCCUUUUAGUUCUGUUUCCUAAGAUACAACAUUCUCAGAAAAUUUUCUGACAUUACCUUCUUUUUGUAUCACAAAAAGCCACUUUGACAAUAUUUUUGCUUAAUCAAAAUUAAUCCCCAAGGAGGAAGACUCAAUGGUCACUUGACAUAGUUGGCUAGUCUGCCUUAACCAUAUGUUGACAAAUUACAUGUUUUUUUGAUUAGCUUGAAAAGCUUUAGUAAAAUAAGAUUUUUUUUAAGUUUGAAAAGCUUUUUUUUAAAAAAGCCAGGAUAUUUCCUUGCAAAGGCCUUAGCUUAUAAGUAGAAUACAGUGCAAUUGGCUUAAAAAGCAGGCUUAGAGCAGUUUAGUUUUGUAUAAAAUAAUCUUUUUUCCCUUCUUAAAACUUUCUUUAUAUUCUCCUGAAAACUAGGAAUUACUUGUCAUUGUUUUCUGAACCCUGCCCGAGUUUCGAUGUACUAACAGGGAACUCACAGAUUAUAGCAUUGCUUGUUUUUCCGUUUGCAUUUUCUGUAUGGGCAAAAAAAAAAAAUUCAUGUUUUCUUCCAAAGAUGUUAAAAAUCAGGUGCUGGCCAGUAAACAGCCAUCUCCUCCCCAGCUUGCUUGUUUCCUUAAAAGGUCUUCCAGCCAUUGGGAAUCAGGUUCUUUGGCUCCUGUAUAGGUGUGUUUGCCUCUGCCACAAAGAAUUGACUCAGUUAAUAUUUUUUUGCAGUUUUGAAAAGUGUCUUGUUUGUAUUCAGCACCUGAGACAAAGAUAUGCAAAGAGGUUGUGCUGUUGGUCUAUUUGUCUUACAUUUAACCGAGUCUGUGUUAAUUGAUUGAAACAAGCUUCUCAGGUGCCAGUUCUUGUUUCACAAUGGCCACAAACUGGCAAAUGGGACUUUCAUACUGAAGCAUUGAAGUUAAUGCAUCUUUGCUUUAACGUGAUCUAUAUGGAGAAUCAGUAGGUGUACUUGAAAGCAGUCUGGCGUCAUUCUUGGGGGAAGUGGGUUGUUCAGUCCAGUUUAUGAGAAAUGGCUGCUAACCUCCAGGGCAUUCCUGCUAGCAACUCAUCUGCUGCAGUUGCCCCUAAGAGCUCCACUGAAUCAGAAGCUAGUUGAGGUUUUCUUGAACUAGAGAUACUUCUCCCUGUAGCAGACAUCUGGAUUUCACUGUUGUGCUUCUAGCUCAACAGUCUCUCUGGUCAGCACUUCCUCCUCUGAAAGCAACCUUCAGUGCAGAGUAAGUUGUCACACACUGGGGGGGGGGAUAAAGUUCUACACCUACCUGUUCCUUGUUAUGCUCUCCUUUUGCAAAAAGUUGUCUUUUUACAGAGCAGGCAAUACAUAAGCAGUCUAAAGUCAAAAAGUCCUUUCUUACAGCUUGUUCAACAUUUGUGGGCUGGCAGUUAAAUAACCUUUAAAACAAAUUCAGAUAUGCAGGAGAAAAAGGGUGAGAUGAGGGAGGUCAUGCCUGAGGACUAUGCUGUGAUGAAGGAAUUAUUCAUCUGUUUAGUCUUUGAAUAAGCCAGUUUAAAGAGAGACUAGCAGCCCUUGUUAAUUUUCCAAGGAUGUAAAAGCAUGUUCAGUAUUCAGCUGUUAAGCUAAAUAUGUUCAUUAUAAUUGGUAAGUGUUUUUUGUCCCCUUAAGGAAACAUUUCCAAGUAAUAAAGUUAUCUCCAUGUCUGGAAUUUUA